AUGUCAUCCUCAAACGACCCCAAAGGAUGGCACAAGCUCCCCUUCGAGCUGCGACUAGAGAUUAUUGAAUUCGCAAUUGCUGCUCCGGAACUUCCAAUACCAUCUACAGCACAGGAAGGUCGAACGGAGAGAUACAAUCACCGUGAUUGGGUCACAUCUGAAACUUGGGGGAGUAGCGGAUUGUGGGAAGAGCCGGCCAAAACCCCGACAGCAAACCUUUUACUUGUGAACAAGCAGUUCCAUAAUGAUGUCAAGUACAUCCUCGACCUCUUGCCGAAUGCUUACCACGUCGAUGUCAUGGUUGUCAAGGACUACGGGCUCUGGCCAACUUGGUAUUGUCUCAAACCACCUUCAUCUGAUGUCAUUGAAGAGGUAACAGUCACGUUUCGCAUCUUUGAGCCUACGAACGAUCUCGAUGAUCGCUUCAAAGAGUCUCUUACUUUCUGGGCUGGUGAUGGUGGACCAGAAGCUGCCGUGUGGCCUUUCCACCAGCUUUUCUUGACUCUCACCAGUGAUGGACUUGGGCUCUUCUCGAAGAACUGUCGUGAUUCUCGCAGUAGUCCUCCCAAGUAUAUCGUCAAGAGAAUAAAAAUGAACAUUCUAUCGCCCACCGAUGGCGUUGCCCACACCAGACUAUGGUGCAGGGAGGGUGAGAACCCGUGGUGGCUGCGAAUACUCUAUCUACACCGAAACCCCACGCCUGCGAAACCUGGAGAUCAGCUCGCCGAUUUUAUCGCGCGCUGGAUGUUCACGAUUUCUAGACCGUCUACCUACACCUAUCCAUUUGUUGGUCGCUAUUAUCAGAAUCUUGUUGAAGACAUCUCACUUCAAAUAAACGGUGCGGAGCAUGCAAGACUGGACCCAGACCAAGCCUUAAAAGACACGUAUUCACAGAAGCACCUUGGGCUCCCUUUGCAGCGAUGGUGCAGAGGUCUUCGAAAGACGCGGGCAAAGACGAAACAGCGGUUCGAGUAUGAAGAACGACCUAAGGCUCGGGAGAUGUCUAAUUCACAGUUGUGCCUUGAAGACUACCAGCUUAGUCAGUGCAUUGUCACGACACAAUGA